AUGGAAAGUGACAUUGGCGGUGGGGCAGACCCUCUACUCCUCGACGCAUUAGAAAACACGCAGAACAUUCGCCGUGUUAUACAGGAAGGCAUUAUUUUAGCAGGUGGCGCAGUUGCAAUAUUGCUACAGGUGGCGGCACCCGGGGUCGCGAGAGGCGUGGACGAGCAUAGUAAUUUCGCCUACCGCCCUGUUGAUCGACUGCGAACCACAAUGACAUACAUUUACUGUAUGGCAUUUGGUACCUGGGAAGAGAAGAGGAUUGUGGUAAACAUGGUCCAUCUGGCACACGCGUCAGUAAACGGGCCCGGAUACUCUGCCGAUGAUCCCACGCUCCAGCUGUGGGUUGCCGCCACCCUUUACGCUGUCGGGACUGGUCUUUACCAGCGGAUCUUUGGAAAUAUGGACGAGGAGACUGCUGAGGCACUGUAUCGUGAAUAUGCAAUCCUAGCCGUCUCUCUUCGUGUUCGGCCCGAAAUGUGGCCAGCAAAUCGCAAAGCCUUUUGGAAGUAUUGGGACAUCCAAAUAGCCACCCUGCAGAUCACGGAACAUGCCGAGAGAGUUGCCAAGGAUUUACUUUACAACACAGAGGCACCACUGCGAGUUCGAGCUGUUCUCCCUCUCGUAAGGCUGAUCACGACUGAAAUGCUGCCUCCUCGGUUGCAAGACGCCUUUGAUCUGAAAUCCAACGGGUCUAGACGAAGGGUGAACCAGAUGAUAAUGGGGUUUACUAAGGCUGUAUAUCCCCAUCUUCCCAAAUCCAUACGCACUUAUCCUAUGCAAUAUUACUUGAAGGACAUGCGACGGCGAAUUCAGAAAGUGGUUUAA